UUAUCAUGCAGCUUAGUUUUUAUCAAUACAAUCUUUUUACAUGAAACUUUUUCUGCUUCAUUUUCACUGAAACAGUCAAUUGAUUCACUUUAUUAUCAUUAUCAGCCAUUGAUUCAAAUCGACCGGUACCUUUAAUCCUCUCUUUUUAAUAAUGUUGUUGCAUGAUGGGAAACAUUUAUACCUAUUAUUACCAUUGCCAAUUGCCUUGUUACAAUUUUUGCCCCGUUAUAAAAGUUUAUCAAAAUAAUGCUUAUUAAUAUUUAAUCUUGCCUCGAUGUAUUAAUAAAAUUGACAAACAAACAAACUGAAACACUACAAGUGGCGGUCAAUUUAAAGUAAUACAAUAUUUCAAGUUAAACAGUAAAGUUCAUCAUUUCAACUUUAACCGGUUCUGUGAGUCUUCAACAUUUGUUUAUAUUUCAUGGCAAUAUUUAUUAAUCGUAAUGUUUGUUAUUAUGUGAUUGUUUACUGGAUAAAAUGGUUUGCUCCAUUAACAAUACUGACCUACACGUAAUCAAAGUCAUGCCUAAUCAACAAGAUAACUGCCAAUUACACCAAUUACACCAUUUACAUCAACAACAACAACAACAACAACAACAAACCCAAGAGUCAUCACCUUCAUCAUUAUCUUCAUCAUCACCAAUUGUAUCUAACCAUGAAUGUAAAAGGGUUCACUUUGAAGGUGAUCAUUCAAUCAUUUCUGUCCCAUUGAAUAACCUUAACCCUUACUCUUGUAACUCAUCGCCAGUCUACUGUCCAGGGAAUCAUUAUCAUUCCAAUCAACAUGGUCAUCACCUUCAUCAUCACCAUCAUCAUCAUUGUCAACACCAACAAUCAAUAAAUCAGGUAACAAACUUUAGUUCAACUGAAUGCAGUGAAAAUGGUGAUGAACAUGAAGAGGAGAAUGGUAAUGAAACUGUUGAAGGAAAAGAUGAAAAUGAAGUCGAAGAAGAAGAAGAAGAAGAAGAAGAAAUUUUGAUUGAAAACAUUGACUCGGCUUGUUUCAUCCAAGUUGAUCAAAGUCUUUUAAUGUCGAUCAACAGGGAAAACAUUGAAUCAUUGAAGGAUAAAAGUGAAAUUUCCAGUGUCAGUUACGAAGAUUCAAAAGGUUCAAUGCAAUCAAAUGUGAAAACAGGAAAACCUGGAAACCAAACACUCGACUCAACAUCAGUGCAACCAAUAGUACCGGCAACAUCAUCAGUUGAUCCUAACUGUCCAAUCAAUAAACAUAUCACUAUUAAUCCAUUGGAAGUGUGUUAUCAUCAAUUCAAUGGUAAUAAUGGUAAUACUCAAGAUCAAUGUAAUGAUGAAAGUAAACUCCAUCAGAAUCAAGUCUAUUCCCAUCAACAGUCCAAUUCAACUCUUGAUAAUCUUUCAUCUCAUUUCAGUCACCCUCUCCAGAAUAACAAUCAUUUUAUCUCUUGUCACCACUACCUAAAUCAUCAUUCACACCCUACUUAUCAACAUUACCAUCAUCAUCACCAUCAACAAAAGCAACUGCAGACAAGUGAUGUAGAUACAGAUGAUCAACCUUCAUCAUCACCAGGAUUAUCAGAAAACAGUUUUAACCAUUUACGUCCGGUUGAAACUAAUACAACUGUACCAGUAACUGAUACCUUGUUAUCUCAUCUUGAACCUCAUCAACAUGAACAUUAUCCCUCAGCACCAUUUAUGGAUUCAUUUUGUGAUUCCUGUUGCCAUAAAAUGGACAAGCAAAGGUUAAACACUGCAAACAGGAAUAGUGAUGUUGAACACUUUAUAUCAACCAAUUGUCUUUCCCAACAACAACCCUUCGAGAUAACACCAAAUGAACCGUGUUUCUUGUGUUCAACCUCACAACCCUCAUCAUCAUCAUUGACCCUUUUACCCACCUCUGGACAUCCACAUUACCAUCACUGUUCCCUCCUCUCAUCCCAUCCAUCAACAUCAACAACUUUACCCAUGAAAUCGGUAAAGUCAGUGAAACAUCGACCAACCGUUCGCUUUGCAACCAAACCGAGCAACUCUUAUCCAACAGGAUCACCAACUCUAACUCCUGCCUGUCACCCUUGUGAUAAACCCUGUAAACAUGUAAAUCACUUUCAACAUUCAAAUGAUGUGCUUGAUCAUCAAGAUAAGGUUAAAUUGUCCACUCACUCGAGUACAAAUUGUAACAAUAAAUUGGCCAACAACAUUUACUCUUAUAAUCCAGUUGAGUUGCCCAAAGAGCCACCAAUCAAUCAUGAAGGUGUAAGUUAUCUGCCAAUUAUAAUUGUCGCAACAAUCCUGACAAUAACAACAGUUUUACUUGUCAUAGCGUCAAUAUUUUUCAUCAAAUAUCUUCCAUUUCAAAAAAGUUUAUCAUCAUACGAAGGAAUUUGUUCCUGUGCCUUUGGAGGUUAUUGUAGUCCUGAUAGCUAUUCCGAUAACAUCGCAUCAAUUUGUCGCUGUGAUACUUUUCAGUGUGAUUCAACUCCUUUCGAUCCAAUCUGUGCGAAUGACAACAAAACUUAUUCCAAUCAAUGUCAACUCAACUUUACCUCAUGUAACCUACAAACACCUUUAACCGUCCAAUACAAAGGAAAAUGUGAAGAAAAUGGCGAAACAAAUGCUUGUGGAUCUAUUAAAUGUGAUAAUGAAACAAUUUGCAUCCAAACAUCUCCUGAUUCACCUGGAAUCUGUUCAUGUCCAUCAUGUUCUCACCACUAUGAACCUGUUUGUGCUUCAGAUGGUCUAUUUUAUACUAACGAAUGUGUCCUUCGACGCGAAUCUUGCAAGGAAAAUCUAAACCUUCGAAUCGUUCAUUCGAAUGAAUGCGGAGGAUGUGAUAAUGUUCAUUGUCAAUUUUAUUCAAACUGUGAUAUCACUGAAACUGGUGAAGUUUCAUGUCAUUGUCCUAAAAACUGUUCACAGGAAAAGGAUCCUGUUUGUGGUAGCGAUGGAUUAAACUAUUUAAAUGAAUGCCAAUUACGUUUAACUUCAUGUCAACAACGUCAAUAUAUUACAGUUACCUCUAAAGUUCAAUGUGAUUUGUGCUCAAAUGUCCACUGUAAAUAUGGAGCUCACUGUGAAGCUGGCCUUUGUGUUUGUCCAAAAGAUUGUCCUUCUAUCUAUGAGCCAGUUUGCUCAACGGAUGGUUAUACUUAUGCCAAUGAAUGUCAAAUGAGGUUAACAGCAUGCCAACGGAAGUUAGAACUUUCAGUUACCUUUUAUGGUGAAUGUCAAGAUUCCCAGAUGAUAAAACGUUUAGGUUCAACAUCACCAUCGUCACCAUCUUCAUCUCUUUCAUCAUUUACCUUUACUGCUUCAUCGCCUUCUUCAAAUUCCUUGACGGGUUACAUUGAUACCUGUGAUCAGAAUACAUGUCGAUUUGGUGGAGUCUGUGAUUAUGAUGCCACUGGAAUACCACAUUGUGUUUGCUCGUACUCAUGUCCGGUUCGUGAUGAAAGUCGAGAUGAAUUUGUUUGUGGCUCUGAUGGUCGUCUCUAUGAAAAUGAAUGUAAACUCCAGGAAGAAGCUUGUCGACGGCAACAAGAAGUUGCUCUUGAAUCAAGAGACAAAUGUGAUGGUCAAAGGUUAUUGUCUCUUUGUGAUUCAAGUCAACCUUUAGUUGAUCCUUUGACUGGAUUAGACUAUACUUGUGGAGACGGACCAGGAGCUAAGAACUGUCCUGCUUUUAGUUACUGCCAAAAGGAUGGCUAUCAUGCUAAAUGCUGUCCCGAUGUUGCUCUAAAAGUCAACUGCAAUUCAACAACAUACGGCUGCUGUUCAGAUGGUUUAAUUUCAGCACUCGGCUGGAACCUAGCUGGCUGUCCAGAGGUUUGUAAUUGCAAUAAACUGGGCUCAAUCUCAUCAACCUGUGAUCCAAUAACAAAUCAAUGUCAAUGUAAAGUUGGUGUUGGAGGACUUCAAUGUGAUCGAUGUAAGCCAGGAUUUUGGGGUUUACACAAAAUUUCCGAAGGAAAUAAUGGAUGUAUACCUUGUUCUUGCAACAAAAAUGGUUCGGUACGAGGAGACUGUGAACAAAUGACGGGUCGAUGUGUUUGCAAACAGGGUUUACAAGGAGUUAAAUGUGACAUUUGUCCAGAAGAUGCCCUUCUCCUUCCUCAAGGCUGUACUCAGUCAAUUUAACCAAAUUGUACCCAGAAUCAUGUUCCACUAUAAACUGUCUGUUUGGAGCAAAAUGUGAGUCUCUUGAUGAAGGUGGAUCUCGAUGUGUUUGCAACAUUGAUUGUUCACCAGAAGAAAAAGUAUCUGAUAAAGUUUGCUCUUCCGAUGGAACCAUUUUCCCAAAUGAAUGUCAACUGAAGAUAUAUUCAUGUCGCAUGCAAAGACCCUUAACAACAUUAUACAAAGGACCCUGCAAACUAUUUGAAUCAAGUAAU